UCAAAAUCUACAUCAGUUGGUAGUCAUAUUCUAAACAAGCAAAAGCUUUCCGCAGUCUUUACAAACGACCACAACAUGAAUUUCAAUAAACUAUUCGUUUUCGUGGCCUUAGUCUUGGCUGUGUGUAUUGGACAAAGUGAAGCUGGUUGGCUGAAAAAAAUCGGCAAGAAAAUUGAACGUGUUGGCCAACAUACCCGUGAUGCCACAAUCCAAACUAUUGGUGUGGCCCAACAAGCAGCUAAUGUUGCCGCUACAUUGAAGGGCAAAUAAUUGCAGAUGUUAUUAGUUUAAAACAAGUUAGCAUUAAAUAGUCGAUUAAUUUAUUUAUUUUAAUAAAGUUAAAAAUGAACAAAUAAAAA